CCACCCUUUAUUAGCUCAUAAUUGAAUUACAAACACCAUCGAGUGGCGAUAAAAUCUAGACAUAUCAACAAGAGACAUUGGAUACAAAGCUCCUAGCUUUUUUAAGCAGAUAUACAACUACUAGCUAAUCUGUGGGCAUCUACAUUUAAACUUGUCCAUUCAUGGACGAACACACUAGACCUUCUUUUCACCCUUUCAAGUCUUCUUCUCCCAUGGACAUAAGCAAAAGGCCCAAUCAGUAAUCUACUGUAGACACACUGAAGCCCAGGUCAUAGGCAACCUCAAGCCCAACAAAUCCCAAAAUCGGGCACAUCGACCGGCCCAAGCCGCUUAACCCAACGACGCGUCGUGCCGCUGCGCCUGCGCCGCCGCCGUCUGAAUUCGCAAAACCAGCGAGCAGUCAGAGCGAACGCCGCCGCGGCGCCCGUGUCUGUGUCUGGCGGGCGCCACACCGAGCCAAUGGAGCCCGCGCUGCGCGAGCUGUGGGCGGAGUCCCGGGACCUGCUGGGCCUCCCUUCCUCUUCUCUGGACGCCGCCGCCGCCGCCGCCGUGCCGCGCGUCGACCUGCCCCCGACACCGCUCGCGUUCCUCCGCGACCACGUUUCCCCGGGCCGCCCGCUCCUCGUCUCCGCCGCGGCCACCCGCCACUGGCCCGCUGUGUCGCUCUGGCCCACCGCCUCCUACCUCACCGACGCACUCCGCUCCACCGCCGUCUCCCUCCACCUCACCCCCGACGGCCGCGCCGACGCGCUUGCCUCGCACCCGCGGCGCCCCGGCGGCCCCGGACCCUCGAGGUGCUUUGCAUCCGCGCACGUCCGCCGCGUCGACUUCCCUACCGCGGUCCGGCUCAUCAGGGCAUCCGACCCGGCCGCCGGCCUGGUAGCGUACGCGCAGCAGCAGGACGACUGCCUCCGCGGGGAGUACGCGGCGGUCGCCGGUGACGUGGAUGCGCACGUGCCCUGGGCCAGCGAGGCGCUCGGCUGCCUCCCCGAGGCCGUCAACCUCUGGAUCGGCAACGCCCACUCCGUCACCUCCUUCCACAAGGACCACUACGACAACAUUUACGUCGUUGUCUCCGGCGAGAAGCACUUCCUCCUGCUGCCCCCGACCGAGCACCACCGCCUCUACGUCCGCGAGUACCCCGCCGCCCGCUAUGUUGCCGCAGAGCAGGACUCCGAAGGGGAGCAUCAGUUGAGGCUUAAGCUGGAGAUGGAAGAGCCCGAGAGGAUCGUGCCGUGGAGCAGCGUCGACCCGUGCCCGGCGUCGCCGGAGGAGAUGGCCGUGCAGGCGUCGUCGUUUCCGCUCUACUUCGACGGGCCGGCUCCGAUGCGGUGCACGGUCCGGGCCGGCGAGAUGCUCUACCUGCCAAGCAUGUGGUUUCACCAUGUCAGCCAGAGCCCAGGGUCGAACGGGCUCACCAUUGCCGUGAACUACUGGUACGACAUGCAGUUUGACAUAAAGUAUGCCUACUUCAACUUCUUGAGGUCGCUGGAUAUCGAUGGUUGUUCAUCGGGCAAAGCUGGUGCGUUGGAAGGUGAUCUAGAGGAGAAGAAAGAUUGAGAUGGCGGGCAGUCACUCUGAUUACUCCUGGUUUCUGCUGAACAUCAUGGAGAUCAAUGGUUUCUGCUGAACAUCAUGGAGAUCAAUGGUUUCUGCGGUGUCAGGCUGAGUUUCUUGCGGCCAUUGUCUUACAGAGUAACAGAUCUUCAAGCAUUAGAAGAUGUUGCUGGACACCAAUUAAUCGGCCAUGUAUAUUUGUACAACAUUUGCAGGUGCCAAUUGACAUAUCAGGCUCAAUAUGGUUGCAACUAGAACAUUUGAUUUGGUGGUGCAUUGGCAAAUUUUGGCUGCAUUCACAAAAGAGAACAUGAAUUUUGAAUUGUGUCCAUGUGUUCCUGAUCCUCUCUGUUCCUAGUGAUGAUUCUUCGUAUCCUGCAUUAUAUUCACUGGAGGGAUGGAUUGUCUUUGUAGAAAUCAGAAGGUCAAGACCAGCUAAAGAACUGUGCAGGGUGGAUAAAGAACAUCAUGGGUGAGACGCUCCCUUUACAGGUUGGAUCAAGUAUGCCUAAUUCAUAAGGUUGAAAACCAAGAUGAAGCUAUGUCGACGGGAGUUUCCGGCGUGGAAGAAGUGGGAAAGAGGGCAGAGUUUCUCUUUUGUCCAUGUGUUGAUGGUCAGACUACGUUGUUGUUGUUGUGAGAGUCAGCACCCAAAUCAAUCUGGUUCCUGUGCUUGUUGUAGUUUGCCUUUGCCUAUUUGGUUUGUUUCUUCCGUAUGAAAGUAUGAACUCUCUCUCUCUCUCUCUUUUCUUUUCUCUUUUAGGGUUCAGAGGCAUCAGCGAAUGUUGAGUGUGCAUUAGAAAAGCUCCAUGUUCCUGUGGUGAACACAUGAUGCAGCACUCGGCAGCAUUUAGCCAUGUAGUCUAAAGUCCAAAA